UCCUGUGUGGAUGUGUAAAGGACUUUUUCACCAAACGAGCAUAUUGUUCCAUGACCAUACAAAGGAAAGGUUUUGUGGUAUUUUCUCAUUUGUUGCCCAGUUUAUGUAUGUUUGCCAUGAUGUUCAUAGGAUGUAAUGCAUAUGUGGACACAGUGCUACUCUGUAUGACUCUGUUUUUCAACGCAGCGGUAGUUUGCACUACAAUUUAUAAUCCGCAAGAUUUGGCACCGAACUUUGCAGGAACCAUUUUUGGCAUUAUCAGUACAAUUGGAGGAAUAUCACAAUUUUUAGUACCGGUUACUACUGCUGCCAUUACUGAGGGAGGAAAUACAAUGGACGAAUGGAGAUGGGUAUUUGUCUUGGCGGGUUCCAUUUUCCUGGUUGGAGGUCUAGCUUUUAUUUUUAUGGGAUCAAGUGAAAAGCAGCCUUGGAAUGAACCUAAGGAAACAACAUUAUAAAACAUUUUUGUUUA